GCCUAGUCUAUGCCUCAGCAGCAUCUGUCAAAUCGGCGUUUUGAACUUUUUGCUUGUCAUCACAAAAUUAAACUUUUUGCAGAAUAAUUCAUCAAAAUGGCUCUAGUAGAACUUAGUGGACUGAACCAAGCAAUUAAUUUGAAGCCGGCGGACGCACUAGGUUGUUUCAACAAUGACGUGUUUGAAUACAGCCAGAAUUUCAUAAACAGCACCCAGCUUGCUACUCCUCCGUUCGCAAACCCUGUAGAAACUUUGGCUCAGUUCAACUCAAAGGAUGAGACAGGAAAGGAAAUCAAGAUCCAGUUCGACCAUGGAACCACUACUCUUGGGUUCAGAUACCAGGGAGGAGUCCUCCUGGCGGUGGACUCCAGAGCAACCGGCGGUCAGUUCAUUGGCUCUCAGUCCAUGAAGAAGAUUGUAGAGAUCAACGACUAUUUACUUGGAACACUGGCCGGAGGAGCAGCUGACUGCGUCUACUGGGACCAAGUGCUGGCGAAGCAAUGUCGCCUCUACGAGCUUCGCAACAGGGAGCGCAUCUCUGUGGCAGCUGCCAGCAAGCUGAUGGCCAACAUGGUUUAUAACUACAAGGGCAUGGGGCUGAGUAUGGGAAUGAUGCUGGCUGGUUAUGAUAAGAGGGGUGCCCAGCUCUACUACGUGGACAGCGAGGGCACGCGCACGCCGGGCAAGGUGUUCUCCGUGGGCUCCGGCUCCGUGUACGCCUUCGGAGUGCUGGACUCCGGGUACAAGUGGGACCUGACUGAUUUGGAGGCUCAGGAGCUCGGCCGCCGCGCGAUCUACCACGCCACGCACCGCGACGCCUACUCCGGCGGCAUAGUGCGCGUGUACCACAUGAGCUCACAGGGCUGGGUCAACAUCUCGAAUGAAGAUUGUUCCGAGCUGCACUACAAGUACCAGGCUGAGAAGGGAUUGGAGGAGUAAAUAUUGUCAUAGGGUUAAGAUCUUUUUUUGUAUAAUAAAUUUAUGGUAAAAUUA